GAUGAUAAAUUAGUUCUGACAAUCUUGUUGAACUUAACCGGCUUGGCGAUGAAAAAGGAAGACUAUGUCCGUCGCUACAUUGAUUAGAGGAUUGGCUGAUAACUCAUUAGCUCUAUAAGCAGGGUAUCAUAUCCCUCUCCAACUCCUCCGUACCUUUUUCUUCUCGUGUUCCUUCUCCCGUCAUGCAGGCUGGGCCAGCUCAACUCUCGACCUAAUCUUCUUAUCUACUGCCGUUGCUCUCUCGGGAUUCGCCGCUACCUCCCUGUUCGAGAGGAACAACUCACGGCUUCUGCCAAUUUUCCCAGCCCCAAGCAGUCUGAACUCAGCAUGGCCGCUUCCAUGCAGGACGAAGAGAAGGCCAUGAGAGCUUCGCUCUCUGCCUCCUCCGACUCAGGAGAGGCCAACAUGUUUUCGAGGUUCACUCACAAGCUACUUGAGAAGCGAGGUAUCGAGAGAGUGCCUGAGACGGAACGGCAUAGUUCCGUGACCACAGCCGACUAUCUCAAAAUGGGCGUUCUGUGGUUCUCGACCAGUAUCACGGCCAACAACGUCGCCGUCGGUAUGUACGGCCCGUUGGGAUAUUCGCUGAGCUUUGUGGACUCUGCCCUCUGUGCCACCUUUGGCUCUUUCUUGGGGGCUGCUGGAGUGGCAUACAUGGCGACCUUUGGACCGCUAAGUGGCAAUCGGACGAUGGUCGUGGCGAGAUAUUUCAUGGGCUAUUAUCCCAGCAAGAUCGCCUGUCUGUUGAACAUCAUUAUUAUGCUUGGUUAUGGAAUGAUCGACUGUUUGGUUGGUGGUCAGAUCUUGGCUGCGGUGGCCGACGGGAAGAUGACUGUUGUCGUUGGUAUCAUCAUUGUCGCCAUCAUCACCUGGCUGGUCGUCGUAUUCGGUAUGAAGCCAUUCCACGCCUAUGAAAGAUGGGCCUGGGCGCCACAACUCGUCGCCAUGUUCGUGCUCGUCGGCUGCGCCGGCCCCAAAUUCGACACCUCCAUCGUGUCCAGCGGCAACACGGCGACCCUGAGCGCGGACCGCCUGACCUUCUUCUCACUGUGCCUCUCGAGCUCCGUCGCGUGGGCUCCCGCGGGCGCCGACUUCUUCGUCUACUUCCCACCGACCACCUCCAAAUGGAAGACCUUCGUGUCCGUUCUCUUCGGCCUGGGCCUGUCCCUAACCUUCGCGAACCUGAUGGGCGUGGGCCUAGCCUCGGGCACCCUGACGAACCCGGCGUGGGCCGACGCCUACGACACGUCCUCGGGGGCACUGAUCCUGGCCGGCUACGACGGGCUCGGCGGGUUCGGCAAGUUCCUGGGGGUGAUCAUCGCGCUGGGCCUGAUCUCCAACAACAUCCCCGGCACGUACUCGGCCACGCUGGGCUUCCAGAUCAUGGGGCGGCACCUGGCGCGGCUGCCGCGCUGGACCCUCGCCUGCGUCAGCACGAUCAUCUACACCGCGUGCGCCCUGGGCGGCCGCAACCACCUCUACGACAUCUUCGAGAACUUCCUCGCCCUCAUGGGCUACUGGGUCACCAUCUAUUUGACGAUUGCACUCGAGGAGCAUUUGAUCUUCCGCCGGACCCGCGGCUUCGACUGGGACGCCUGGGCCGACCGCGCCAAGCUGCCCCUCGGCCUCGCGGCGCUGGCCGCCUUCCUCAUCGGCUGGGCCGGCGCCAUCGUCUGCAUGGACCAGAUCUGGUAUGUCGGCCCCAUCGCCAAGAUGGUGGGCGCCGACGGCGCCGAUCUGGGCAUCUGGGUCGGGUGCUCGUGGGCCAUGCUCGUCUACCCGCCGCUGCGGUACUUGGAACUGAAGAAGUUUGACCGGUGAGGCGGUCGAAUUGAGGCAGUAGUUCAAGAGGUUUUGUGAUCUGGUUUUUUUGUUAUGUGCCGGUUGAUUAUUGGAAGUGAAGAAAAGGGAAGGGGAAGGUCCCCUGUUGGACCUUCUGGGCUAUGUCAAGCGAAGGCGUGGGGGGAGCAUUUGACCUCCCAGGCAGGGCUGGGUCCCUGACAUCUACGGCUGUGCAUGUGUUAUGGAGUUAUGUAUCGCAACAUGUUAUUAAAAUGCCUAAGUAAUGUUUGA